CGGCAGAUUGUUAAUUAGAUCUUGGAAGUUUAUGUUUCCAGAAGUGAUAUUGUUGCCUGUGUGGUAAGUAACAGAAUGCUACAAAGGCUAAUUGUUUAAAAGCACAAUUAGGAGGAAGUGUCGCAUCUGUAUUAUUCAUUUGGGACUUUACUACCAGCCGAAUUGAGAAAGACAAGGAGAAUACAAAUAGGCUAAUUUCCUCCAUUAUCCGUACAUUAAGUGAGAAAGAAUUCACGUAGACAGAUGAGUAUGGAACCACUGUUGGAAUCGAACUGAAACAUAGCGUGAGACUAAAGAUUGUUCAAAAAUAAGAUUAUCACAAAACACUGUAGGACUAUUGUUGAUAGUAGAAGCACUGUUCCAGAGAGCGUGUAGGCGUUUUGAUCUUUUCUCGCAAGGCUUUGGAACCAAUGGAUUUCUGGUUACAAUAUAUAUGAUAGAUAGUGACAUUUCAAUAGACAGAAGUUCGAUAUGGUGCCUCGAUCCGGAUCCGGCAAUAAGAGUACGUAGAUGCAUGGAUAACAAUACAGUUGUGAUGUAACUUUUACAACGAAUUGGAUAACAUCCGGAUACUUACUAAGAUGUACUCCUCAUACUGGAAAUAUAUACUUCCACUGAUGACUACUAUGGUGAUGCGUGUAGAAGCUGUUUAGGAAAAUACUGCAAUAUAACUACUUCCAGCUUAACAGGGACACUACUGAGGAACGUAUGAAAGACGACGGCGCUAGAGUGUAGAUGAAGCAUGAGUGUUACUGGGGCAGCUGAAAGAAUACUCGUAUCGCUGGGCAACACAAGCCACACCUACGAUGGAGACUACGCUGGAAUGUUUGGCUAUGGAUUCGACAAUUCAUCAGCAGCAGAUGGGGAUUACCCUAGCUCCGAUUACUUGGAUAGGACGGGUGCAUUUAGAAACCUUAGCACAAAUAUUCCUUGUUUUAUCAAUGAUACGGAUUUUAAUUACAGUGCGUGUAUAUUUAAUGCAUCACUCAAUGAUACCAAUACCGAAAAACCUCCAAAGUUCCCAUUGUGGCAGAUUAUCACCAUAUCCAUAUUAGUGGGAUGUCUCAGCAUUGUGACUGUGGUAGGAAAUUUUAUAGUGGUGCUCUCGUUCGUAUUGGAAAGAACUAUACGACAACCAACGAACUUCUUUAUAGCCAGUUUAGCAGUAUCUGACUUAUUAAUAGGAGGCUUUUCUAUGCCACUAUACACUAUGUAUCUCCUUAUGGGAGACGUUUGGCCACUUGGACCUGUAAUAUGCGAUCUUUGGCUAUGUCUGGAUUAUUCCAUUAGUCUUUCCUCACAAUAUACUGUUCUCGCCAUCACCAUCGACAGAUUUUGUUCCGUAAAAAUUCCAGCUAAAUAUCGUGGCUGGAGAACUGCAUUUAAAGUGAAAGUAAUGGUAGCCGCUGCGUGGGUCGUGCCAGCCGCUGUGUUUUACACAAGCAUUCUUGGUUGGCAAUAUUUUGUGGGCGAACGCACGGUGCCCGAAGGUUCUUGCUAUGUACAGUUUAUGGAGAACGCGCUAUUCAACGCUUGUCUAGUCAUUGCCUACUUCUGGAGUACGUUAAUAGUCAUGUGUGUCCUGUACACCCAGAUAUACCGUGUUGCUUUGAAACUACAGAGGAAGUCUGAGGCAAAACAUAAGAAAAUGACAUCGUUGGUAUCGAUGGCUGGACAAACAAUGACGAAAAUUGGGAUCGGGAUGAGCCAAAAGGCUCCAGAUAAAAACAACCCUGUCAAUGGCAAAGAACAGAAUCGUUCCGCCAAUAGAGGAACUUCCACCACUACAACCUUCACUUCAUCCUCGACAAAAAAUACAACAGACAAGGAAGAUCACUCUAGUAGUCCUGGAUUUGCCUCCGACACUGACCCAUCGGAUACUCAGUCUCCUUCCCCUAGAAAUAGCUUCAAGAAUUCUAACACGGUUAAAGCAGAGAUAGUUAAUAAUAGCAAAAAGAAAAGAUACUCAAGUCUUAAGGUGCCCAAAUUACAAUUGCCAUCUACGCAGCCAAAUGGACAUAAAAGUACCAUGAAUCACUCUGGGGGAAGAAGCCAUUCUUUGACUCCAGAAAUAUCUACAAGUGACAUAGACACAUCAGGCUAUUCCCCCUCACCAAAUCCGAAUGACAGUUCAAACAAUCCAAAAGUUUCAUUUAAAUUUCCAUCAGUGAGUCCAAAAACUGGGCCUAGACUGUCAGUUCGGACUAAUGACAGCGGCGUGGGUGAUUUAGUGGAGGAGCCGCUCACGCCGCCACAAGUAAGCCAAGGCUUGAAAUACAUCGACACAACAUCACUACAGGCUUCUGAGCACGCUAAACUUUUAGUUGAUCAACCUUCAAUAAAAGACGAAGGAAAUGAUUCUGACGACAAUGGAUCACCUGUCUGGAGACGCAGGAUCUCAAGUGAACCCGAUGGUGCAUCUCCGCCACAAGUUGCAAGUGAAGGGGAUAGUACAGCGUCGGCCCCUACAGAAACAGGUGCUCAGAAAUUUAGGCAAAAAGUAAAUAUGUUGGUGCAAAUGUCAAAUAACAGUAGAGCUAACAGUGGAACAGUUACAAGCAUUUCUGGUGCAAGUGACCUGCACCCUCUUGACGGUAAUAGAAGUGAUACUGGCUCCAAAGCACCUAGCAUACGAGAUCUCGUUAUGUCAAUGAACCCAUCAAAAAUUUUACAGAGACGAAAAGACACAGAAAAACAAAAACAGAAAUCUAAAUCUGAAAACCGAGCUCGCAAAGCCCUGCGUGUUAUAACAAUUAUAUUAGGUGCCUAUGUUAUAUGUUGGACUCCGUAUCAUGUUCUUGUUUUGAUCAUUGGUUUCUGUGAAGGCAACGAUUGUGUUGAUCCUCGCCUCUAUGCCUUCACUUAUUGGCUUUGCUAUCUCAACAGCCCUAUCAAUCCAUUCUGUUACGCAUUAGCUAAUGCCCAAUUUAAAAAGACGUUUAUACGGAUAUUAAAAGGUGAUUGGCAUCGGUCCUAAAUCGAUAUACAACUGCCAUUUGGAAUGCAUGACAUUGACAUGUACAUUUUUUAUGUUUGAAACAGAUAAAUUAUAUGAACAAGUCUGUUGAGCCCAUAAACUGACAAACUAAUCAUAUCACGAUCAAACAUGUCUCUCCCAAUAUAAUCUGUGCUGAACAAUAUUCACGAAGGGGGAAAUGUUGCAAUGCACGCUUAUAUUUGUAUUCAGCUCUAACUAUUGCACGAUAACCCAUUAUUCAAGUAAUAGUAACAUUAUAAUUAUAUUGUGUAAUACUCUAGUCAUUGUAUGAUGUAAUAAAUAUCAAGAUUUUUAAUAAACACUUGCAAAUAUGACGUAGGUGAAAGCAGUACCAGAAAAUACUCGUAAUUAAAUGCUUCAGUAAAGUAUUGAGGUUGUAUUUUAUACUAUUGUGUAACGUGAGCCACAUGCCAAUGGACAACAACAAAUACUAUGGGCUAAUUCAAGAGGUUUAUCUUAAAAAAGUAUUUACCAAGAUGAUGAGACUUAGUUACUUGAGCAAAAUACAGUUUCCAAGAUGGUAAUUUGUCCUCGGGAUAUGAUACACCGUUUGAAAGGUGAAAAUGUUCUAAAAUGUUCGAGCUGAUCAGUAACUUUAAGUUGACACAACGUUGAUAAGUACUAUAAUCAGUUCAUUACUUUCUGCGUUCUCUUUAACUCAUUUUUAUAAGCAAUAAUGCAUUUGUCCAUUUGAUUCCCAAAAUGGUACGUGGUCAAUUGAUUGAAUUUAACACCAUGAUAAAAUGGCAUAGCCUUUAUAAUUUGAUUUUGCUUCUUUCAAAGAAGGCUUCGUCUACAUAGGCUCUUAUCAGGUUAAACUUGGCGGCGUCAUAUAUUUACGUCAUUGUCACUUUCCGAUGGUAUAUUCAUACCUGAGGGCAAAUAGCAUCCUUCUCUACCCUAGUUUGCUCAAAUAAUUAGUGUUAUUUAAAAAAUUCUCAGAUAAUGUAUGUAUCAUGAAACCAAGAUACUAUCCAUGUGCAUAAUUGUCGCCUGAAACAGUGUAAUGUAAAUUUGAUGCAUCACAAGGCAAAUGUUCCAUUAUUAAUGCAUAGUAAUUGUUUGUGCUAAUAUUGUGCUGUUAUAGAUAAUAAACACACAGUUAUUAGA